UUACAUGUCAAAUUAAAAUGACAAACUUCACAUUAUUUUGCGAGUAUAAAUUAAAAAUUGUCAGUGCUUUUUCGAUAUUAAAAUUUCUUUAAAAAGUCCCCAAAAUGUUUAUGUAUACUGUGGCAGUCCUUGUUUGUGCUACCGCUGUAGUCAUCUGCGCCUUUAUGCUGAUAAGUUCCGGGAAUUAUCAGCAAUUUAAGGAAAGUUGGAAUAAAAAGGCUCCAAGGAUAACCGAACUGCCUAUUAUAACACCAACUGGGCAAAUUGUAAAUUCUGUGGAGGAUUUGGAUAUGCAGUUGGAGUUUCUGGAAAACCAGCUCGAAGAAAAAGAAAAAGAACUGGCUGAAGCUAAAUCAAAACAAGAAGCCACUGCAGAGAAGUUGGAAAAAUUAUCUGAUACAACUAACCAAGUCAAGAAAUAUUAUGUCAGAUUGAAGUCUGAAGUAACCAAAUCAGAAACAGAGAUGAAUGAAUUAAGACACCAAAUUGACGAUUUCAAAAAGAGACAAUUAAGACUAAAAGAGGAAGUCAACGAAAAUGUCAAAUAUUAUACUGGGAUGCUACACAACAUCGAAAACAACGUUGUGAAUGAUGAUUAUGAAAUGAUUAAAAAGUACUAACGAGCCACUUAGUAAAUGAUUAACAUUCCUGCCGCUAUUAACUUUUUGAAUAAAUUAUAUUGUGCCUAAACCAAAAUGUAAUUAAACUUUUGUACCUUGA